AUGACUGCAGUGAUUAGGAUGCUAGCAUAUGGGGUCACCGCAGAUCUAACGGACAAGUACAUAAGAAUCGGAGAAAGCACCGCACGACAAAGCAUGAAGAAAUUUGUUAAGGCAAUUGUCUCAAUUUUUGGGGGUGAGUAUUUGAUAUCUCCAAACAGCAGUGAUAUAGUGAGGUUACUAGAUGCAGACAAAGAUGUGGAUUCCCAACAUGCUUUUUUUGGUUUACCUAGGUCGCAUAACGAUAUCAGCUUACUUGAUCGAUCUUCUAUUUUUGCUGCGUUGGCUGAAGGUCGUGCUCCUCUGUGCAAUUACACAAUCAAUGGUCAUGAAUAUACAUUGGGAUAUUAUCUUACAAAUGGUAUAUAUCCUUCGUGGGCAACAUUAGUGAAAACAAUUCCAUCUCCUCAGGGAAAUAAGAAAAAACACUUUGCUGCUUGCCAAGAGUCUACAAGGAAAGAUGUGGAGCGUGCAUUCGGAGUACUCCAAGGCAGAUUUGCAAUUGUACAUAGACCUGCGAGGUUUUUUCGUCCUGAAGUACUAAAAGACAUUCUAUACGCAUGCAUUAUCUUACAUAAUAUGAUCGUUGAAGAAGAGUGUCAUCUAUAUCUCAGGGCUGAGCAAUUCAUUUAUGAACAGACGGAAGAGACUCCAAAUGAGCCAAUUUUGCAUGAUAAUAUACUUGAAUUCAUGGAGUUCAUUGCACAAUAUCAUCGAAUUAGAGAUAGAGGCACUCAUAGUCAACUCCAGGCCGACCUUAUCGAUCAUAUAUGGAAUAUUCAUGGCCGUACCUAA